AAUGGAAUUUCUAUUAAAUGACAUUGUUGCUAGUCACAUGCUAUUUCCCUGCUCCAAACUGUAUUAAUACUACUGGGGCUAGGUAGUCUCCUAUAAUAACGGGGUUGUAGGACUAGUUGUGGUAUUGUUUAGUCUUAGUUUAUGUUCCUAGGACCUAGAGAUGACUUCCCAGGUGUGCCAGAACUUCCAUACUGACUGUGAAGCUUCUAUAAACCAGCUAGUGAAUUUGGAGCUACAUACUAGCUAUGUUUAUUUGUCUAUGUCUUAUCACUUUGACCGGGAUGAUGUUGCCCUGAUCUGCGUGGCCAAGUUCCUGAAGGAGCAGUCCCAGGAAAAGUGGGAGCAUGCAGAGAAAUUCCUGAAAUACCAGAACAAGCGAGGGGGGCGCAUUUUGCUGAAGGACCUCAAGAGGCCGGACAAGGAUGAAUGGGGCAACAGCCUGGAUGUCCUGCAGACUGCUCUGCAGCUGGAGAAAGACAUGAAUCGGGCCUUGCUGGAUCUUCACAAGCUGGCAACAGAGAAGGGAGACCCUCAUCUGUGUGACUUCCUGGAGUCUGAAUACCUGGAGGAGGAGGUGAAGGCCAUCAAGCGGCUGGGAGACCACCUCACCAACCUGAGACGCCUGGGAGUGCCCCAGAAUGGCAUGGGAGAGUACCUCUUUGACAAGCUCACCUUGGGGGAGAGCAGCUGAACCUCCUCAUUAUAAAAAAAAAAUCCAGCUUGUAUCAUGCAUGUUCAAGAAUAAAUUAUUGGCAUAUGUGCA